CGCGCUGUCUUGAGCCACACGAGACGCCGUAGCUCCGUCGGUACCAUCGCACCGCCCCCCCCCGCACAAGUGGGGGCGCUCCGAGCCACUUCCCGCGCCGCGCGUGGUGGUACCGCCCAGCAGUGCGGAGCGGCCAUCGCGCCACAGAGAUGAUUAUCCCAGUCCGGUGUUUUACGUGCGGCAAGAUAGUCGGAAACAAGUGGGAAGCGUACCUUGGCCUUCUGCAAGCGGAGUAUACGGAAGGGGAUGCCCUGGAUGCCCUUGGUUUGAAGAGAUACUGCUGCCGCAGAAUGCUCCUAGCCCAUGUGGAUCUGAUUGAGAAGCUUUUGAAUUAUGCACCUCUGGAGAAAUGAGAUGAAAGAAGUACCAUGCUGCAAGCCACGUGGAACAUAUCUCUUAAUUCUAAACUUGAAAAUGGACUUCAGGCAAUAAAGGAUGAAAGACACCUGUAGUGCAGCCCUGGAGAGAUGUUUACCUUCUGGAGAAAAUACUUUCCCGAGCUACUAACCUCUUCCAAGGAGACAAAGGAAAGACAAAGUCCACUUAAUCAAGAUUUGGAGCUUAAAUUAAAAGUUUGUCUGCUCCUUUUUAAAUCUGUAUUCAGAAAUAGUUUAAGAUGCUUCUGCCAGCAAAAAAUGUUUGCUCCUGUAGAAAAAUUAUUAUAUUUCAUGAAAAUGUUGAAAUAAAGUAGCCUCCCUGUAGUUUCUGGAUA